AAUCAGAACCUUAUCACUACAUCCAUCUUUAACUCUUUCUUUGAACCGUUCUCAUGGAUUCAAUUGUUAAUCAUGAAAAUGGUAACAACAAGCCUCUUCAUGUUGUAAUGAUCCCUUGGCUAGCUAUGGGACACAUGUACCCUUAUUUCGAGUUAGCAAAAAUUCUUGCUCAAAAGGGUCACACUGUCACCUUCAUAAACUCCCCCAAAAACAUUGAUCAAAUGCCCAAAGCACCCAAAGCAAUUCAACCAUUCAUCAAUUUGGUAAAAUCACCUUUACCAUACAUAGAACAACUACAUGGUGAAGAGAGCACUCUUAAGGUUCCAUUAGACAAGAAUGGUCACCUUAAAUUGGCUUAUGAUGGUUUUCAAGACCAUGUUACUGAAAUACUUAAAACUUCAAAGCCUGAUUGGGUUUUCUAUGAUCAUGCAGGUGAUUGGGUACCUUCAAUAGCCAAAAGCCUUAACAUUUCAUGUGCUCAUUUCAAUGUAGUCCCAUCUUGGAACAUAUGUUUUGCUAAUCCACCAAAGGAUCAAAUCAACAAUGAUAGGUAUAGUCCACCAAAGUGGGUUCCUUUCAAAACAAACAUUCAUUUCAAACCUUAUGAGAUGAGGAGAACAAUAUCACUUUUUAAAAAUGUUUCCGGAGGAAAAACAGCGAGUUUUAAUUUCGACAAAGUUUACUCGAGUUGUGACCUUAUUCUUAUCAGAGCCACUAGAGAACUUGAAGGUCAAUGGUUAGAUUAUAUUUCGGAUCGAUACAAGGUUCCUGUGGUUCCAGUUGGAAUACUUCCACCAUCCAUGCAGAUAAGAGACAAUGAGGAAGAAGAAAACGACCCUGAUUGGGUGAAAAUCAAGGCUUGGUUGGAUUCAAAAGAAUCAUCUUCGGUUGUUUACAUUGGAUUCGGGAGCGAGUUAAAGUUAAAUCAACAAGAUCUAACUGAGUUAGCUCAUGGAAUUGAGCAAUCUAGGUUACCUUUCUUUUGGGCUUUGAAAAACCUUAAAGAAGGUACACUUGAAUUACCCGAAGGAUUUGAAGAAAGAACAAAAGAAUAUGGAAUCGUUUGGAAAACAUGGGCACCACAGCUAAAGAUCUUAGCUCAUGGAUCAAUUGGUGGAUGUAUGAGUCAUUGUGGUUCAGGUUCAGUCAUUGAGAAGCUUCAUUUUGGGCAUGUACUUGUGACAUUGCCUUAUUUAAUUGAUCAAUGUUUGUUUUCAAGAGAACUAGAAGAAAGGAAAUUGGCUAUUGAGGUACCAAGGAAUGAGCAAGAUGGGUCCUUUACUAGGGACUCUAUAGCCAAAACAUUGAGGUUGGCAAUAGUGGAUGAGGAAGGAAGUAUCUAUAGAAAAAAUGCCAAAGAUAUGGGAAAGAUUUUCGGUUCAAAAGAUCUUCACAAUGAAUACAUUAAAGGUUUCAUUGAUGCUCUCCAAAAACAUAGAGUUCAUUCCAACAAUUAAGCAUAUUUAUGUGUUGUUUUUUUUUACCUUAUUGCAACAAUAAUCCAUGAGAUGUUGAUGUAAGUUCAUUUCAUUGGCAAAAGUUUGACUUUGUAAUUUCAUGGAACAAAGUUUAAAUAGACUCUUGUUAAAUGAUCA